AUGGUUUCAAUUUUUCAGUCUUUUGCAGAAGUUGAGGAAGCUCUCCAAAGAGUGGAAGCUCAUCCCAGUGUGUUUGGAACCAUAGUUGCAAAUGCAGAAGGCGUUCCAGUUCGAUCAACAUUCGAGAACUCCAAGGCUGCAAAGUACGCGGGACUACUUCGACACCUCACCUUGAUGGCAACCAGCACGGUGAGGGACAUCGACCCUCAGAACGACCUCACCGUCCUCCGCAUUGGCACCAAGAACCAAGAAAUAAUGAUUGCACCUGAGAGUGAUUCUCUUGUGAUCGUCCUCCAGAGGUGUGAUGGCUGA